CUUAAAUUGAAAACAUGUUGCCCCAUCCGUAACCAUGCAACCACCCAUGCAUGCAAAAUUAAAUAUAAUUCCAACUACUACUCCCCAUCCAUCCAUGAGUAUCUAAAUAUGGCAAUUCUAACUCUUCAAGGAAACAACUUUCCCACGCAAUUUCUCCACCAUCCUCCUAUAAAUUGAGCAACAAAACUUCACACCAAAUUAAACCACCACUUCUUCAUCCAAACAUUAACAAGUCACAACUUUUACCAAAACCAAUUCAAGUAAUUCCCAAAAAUGCUUAGGGAGGGUUCAUUCCUGUCGCUCUACUUGAUCGUGACAGCAAUGCUGGUCGGCCAGCUGCGAGUCACGGACGCAGCUCAGUGCGCUGCCACUGAACUGCGCCCCUGUCUCCCUGCCAUAUCGUCAGGUCAGUCUCCGACAUCGGCAUGUUGUGCCAAGCUGAAAGAACAGACGCCGUGUCUCUGCGGGUACAGGAAAGACCCCCAGGUGGGGAAGUAUGUCAACUCCCCAAAUGCAAGAAAGGUGGCCAGUUCUUGUGGGGUUUCUGUCCCUUCGAAUCCAAACCAAAUUGGAUCGGAGGAUUCCAAUGGCGACUCUGCAAAAAUUCAAGCUCUUUGCAACCCAGUGCGCAGUCGCCGGGAGCCCGACCCGGAGCCCGACGACCAGUCCUGUCGUCCACUUCCGUCGCCGGAAGACUCUCGGUAUGCUGCUCAGCCUCGGCGCGGACCAUGGAUCGCCGGAUCUGCGGAGGGAAUCGAAGGAGGAGGAGAAGGAGAUGGCGGCCAGGCGCAAGCUCAAGGAUCUGUUCGUGUCCUCGUCGUCGCCGCCGCCGCCGCAGCCUCCCUGUGAUAAUAUGUCGGAGAAUUUAAGGGAAGAGCUAUUGUCGGCGGCGUUUUACGGCGACGGCGGACUUGGUGGUGGCGGGUCCUCAAUUAAACGAGUCGGGUCUCGGCCACUGUCGGCAACUUUCCGGCAACGGUUACUCCGAAGAUCUUGGCGACCGGUGCUUAUCGCUAUUCCUGAGUAAACUAUAAUUGCCCGG